AGGUAAAAGCUGGAGGCCUGUGAGUGAGGAUGAGGAGGAUUAGUGCAGAUUACAGAACAGUUUAUUCAAGCAGAGAAGACAGGAAGAAGAAGAGACACAGAGCCACUAACCGGACUCAGCUGGACCCACUGGGACCAGAGUGUCAGAAGUGACCGGUGUGAAGUGGAGGAAGCUGAAAAGGAGGAGGAGCUGGUCUGGGGUCAGCGGGUCAGGAUGGACGGGUUCCAGGCGUACGGGGCGGGGAAGGCCGGCGGCUCCUUCGACCCUCUGACCUUCAUCAGGCAGCCUCAGACCGUGCUGAGGAUCUGCUGCUGGCUCUUCUCCAUCGUGGUCCUGGGCUGCGUUGCUAACGAGGGUUACGUGAACCGACCCGAGGCGGUGGAGGAGUUCUGCAUCUUCAACCAGAACCAGAGCGCCUGCAGCUUCGCCGUUGCUGUGGGGAUGCUGUGCUUCCUCUGCAGCACCGCUUUCCUGGCGCUGGAUGCUUAUUUUCCUCAGAUCAGCGGUGUGAAGGACAGGAAGAAGGUUGUCGUGGCCGACAUAGGCAUGUCAGCUGUCUGGUCUCUGGUCUGGUUCGUGGGCUUCUGUUUUCUGGCCAAUCAGUGGCAGGUUUCUAAAGCCGAGGACAACCCUCUGAACGAAGGCGCCGACGCCGCCAGAGCCGCCAUCGUCUUCUGCUUCUUGUCCAUCUUCACCUGGGGAGGUGUCAGCCUGCUGUCGUUGGAGCGUCUGAAGAAAGUCUCUUUUGAAGAAGAAUACAACAAACUCUUCACUCCUCCCCUCGCUUGAAACACAAACACACCUUAACAUCACCUUUCUCCUACAGCCAAUCAGAGAAGAGCUCCUCCUCUUCCUCUCACUCUGACCUCUGACCUCUGACCUCUCGCUCUGAGUGCCUCUCAGCCAAAGUGCCUUUUUUUCCAUGGUAACAGAGUGAUGCUGAAUGUAAAACAUACAACCUGAGGAAAAACAACACAAAACUAAACUAAACUAAACAAAAAAACAAAACAAUACAAAAAAGACGUGUCCACAGCUGUCACCUGCUUCACCUGCUGAGUGGUUCCCACCUGUGCAGGUGAUGUUGCUCCAUGAUCUGUUGAUAUGUUACGUGUUCUGAUGUAAGAUGAUGAUGUCACACAUUAAACAUGUGAACAAGGUUGAGUGUGACGCUGUAGCACCUUUAAAAUCCUUCAGAGAGACCGUACUCCUGUCCAGUUCAAAAGGACCACUCAGAGGUUCAAGAAGGUGGAACCUCUUCUCCUGGGCCUCUUCUUAUCUUGACCCUGGUUCCUCCUCCUCCUCCUCCUCCUCCUCAUCCUCCUCCUCCUCACCGUCUGAAGGUCGUCUCACCGUCUCCAGCUGCAGUUUGGCUCAGACGUCUGGAAGGACGCCUUACAUCUGUUGUUAUUUCUAUAAAAACAAGUUCAAAUUAAAGUUAUUUUUCUUCUUAAAAAA